AUGGCCAAGGACGACAGCUUCAAAGAGGGUGACGCGAAGAAGGGUGCCAACCUCUUCAAGACGAGAUGCGCGCAAUGCCACACCGUCGAUGGGUCAGAAGGCAACAAGAUCGGUCCUAAUCUUCACGGUCUCUUUGGUCGCAAGACCGGCUCCGUUGAAGGCUUUUCCUACACAGAUGCAAACAAACAGAAAGGUAUCGUAUGGGGAGAAGAUACUCUGUUUGAAUACCUGGAAAAUCCUAAGAAAUACAUUCCUGGCACCAAGAUGGCUUUCGGUGGUCUCAAGAAGGGCAAGGACAGGAACGAUCUGAUCACCUGGCUGCGCGACGUGACCAAGUGA